CGGGUCCAGCCGGGAAGGGACAGACGGGGGAGAAAUUUUGCUUCUGGAAAUCGAACGAGCUUUAUUUUCCAGACCGCCGAGCACCAGAACACCUUCACUCACUCCACCGCCAUCAAGCCCGGUCACCACUCCCCAGUUCCAGUCCUCCAAGUCUCGCGCAAACCACACCUGUCUGCCCACAUCCACGACACUAGCCACAAUGUCGUCCGCCUUUGUUCAGCGUCCUGCUCCGGACUUCAAGGCCACCACGGUCUUCCCUGGAGGCGAGUUCAAGGACAUCUCGCUGUCUGACUACCUGGGCCAGUGGGUCGUCCUCCUCUUCUACCCCCUCGACUUCACCUUUGUCUGCCCGACCGAGAUCAUCCAGUACAACGACGCCCUGCCCAAGUUCCGCAGCAUCAACACGGCCGUCCUGGGUGUCUCGACCGACAGCCACUUCUCGCACCUGGCCUGGACGGAGCGCGCGCGCGCCCAGGGCGGCCUCGGCCCGGACCUGCAGCUGCCGCUGGUGGCGGACAAGUCGAUGUGCAUCUCGCGCAGCUACGGCGUGCUGAUCGAGGACGAGGGCGUGGCGCUGCGUGGCCUCUUCAUAAUCGACCCCAAGGGCGUCCUGCGCCAGAUCACGGUCAACGACCUGCCCGUCGGCCGCGACGUCGGCGAGACGAUCCGGCUCGUCGAGGCCUUCCAGUUCACCGACGAGCACGGCGAGGUCUGCCCCGCCGGCUGGCAGAGCGGCGCCAAGACCAUGAAGCCCGACCCCAAGGGCAGCCUGGAGUACUUUGCCGCCCAGAACGGCGUCACCAACGGCAACGGGAUCGCUAAGCGCGCCCGCCUGGAGUAGCUGGAAUGUGGGGAAAUCGGCUAAACCUUGCGAUAUAAUGGUAAUACAACUAGAAAGAGUGACGGACGCUUCAGGGCUUGAUAGACUAGACGGGGCUAGAUGAGACUCUAGUAGACAUAGAGUUUAGAAGCAAAUAACGGAUCCUUCUUCAUCCG